AUGACCACAAUUGCGGCCAAUACCUAUCAGACGUUGUUUCCCGGUCAAACAGAAGUUUUCCUCAAGCACGAUGAAAAUGUCGUCUUGAGUCUGGAUAUGUCAAAUUCGCAAGAAACGACUGGUGCAACAUUUGUUCAGCAAGUUUGCCCAGUAACACUAAGUCAAGAGAACAGUGUCACUUCGGAGAACCUCACCGAAUUAAAGAACUCAGAAGCUCUUUCCGGUGGUAACAACACCAGAGGAUAUACUUGCUCCAUUUGCUACAAAUUCUAUCUCACCGAAGGCCAUCUCCAGGCCCAUUUGGACGCCGUUCACAAAGUCGCUCGGCGUUUUCAAUGCAGUUUUUGUGGCAAAGCUUAUGCGAAGAGUUUCCUUUUAAAGUCACACGUCAAAAGUGUCCACGAAAACAUCCGAGACGUAACGUGUACUAUCUGUGCGAAAGCGUUCUCCAAGCGAUCUGUUAUGCGAAGACACAUGAAAUCUGUACAUGCUGAAAAGAAAGAUUAUCACUGCACCUUGUGCCAAAAACAGUUCACAGAAAAGAAAAAUCUACAAAUGCAUAUUAAUGCUCUACACAAAGGUCUUCGCCCCUAUCAGUGUAGCAGUUGCUUGAAAGAAUUCGCCCGAAAAUGUGAUUUACUACGACACUCCAAUUCAGUGCAUCGAGAGUCCAAACCGUACAUGUGUCCCAUAUGUAACAAAGGAUUCCCACAAAAGUGGUACUUUGAGAGACAUGUUGCUUCUGUGCAUAAAACUAUCCUCUCCUCGCGCCCUCAGUCUCAACCGCAAUCAAAUCCGCUCCAGAUGCAACAAAUGCAGUCACCACCACCGACUCCACAACAACAACAGCAACAACAGCAGCAGCAACAGCAACAGCAACACCAGCAACAACAACAGCAACAGCAGCAGCAACAACAGACCCAUCCAAACCUCAUGGCUCCGCAGCAACAUUUUGCGUUUUUCCAGCCCCACGCCCAAGGGCAGACGAUGAAUUUACCGAUGGGCACAAUCAUUGCCGCUCCUGGAACAGGUGCAACUGCAAUGCCCGCUGGAGCCCAAGUUAUGAUGGUGGCACCAGGCGUGAAUAUGCCCAUGUCCACCUUUUUCUUUCAACCACACCAGGCUUCUCCGUUUGGGAACCAACAGAAUGCAGUCAUGCACCCCACUGCAGUCCUUCCAGCUGUCCCCACAUCACUUAUACCUCAGAACACUAUUGCAGCCCAGACAAGCCUCAUCCAAUCUCCGUUCGGAUUUACUCCCGUAACUAUGACCCAAACCAACUUAGGACACGUACAACCUGGUGCUUCACCAAAUCGACCCCAUAAGGAGUACCAGUGCGCCACAUGUCACAAGGUCUAUCCACGGAGACAGAGUCUUCAAGCUCAUAUCAUACAAGUCCAUACGGAUAAAAAACCCUACGAGUGUCACUUGUGUCACAAGGGGUUUGUGAGGCGUUGGGAUUUCUACCGACACGUGAAUUCUGUACAUCAAGAUAAUGCCACAAGUGCGAUCGAUCCUGACAAAACCGAAGAAUACCUGGCUUGGAUGCGUGGUCGACGCUCUUCGUUGGAUAUUAGCUGGGAAUGUCUGAACGCCGUACGUCCUGAACUGACUCGCAUCAAGCCCGAAGAGCCUCUGCAUUCUCAUCAGACUCUAAUUCAUCAGGUGCAGCAACAAACCCACUCCCAGCAACAACCUACAUCCCAGCAGCAGCAACAACAACAACAACAACAAGCCCAGCCAGCCCCGUCCGAUCCGAUGACAGAUCAGUUUCAAGCCCAGAACGACCUGAAUAAUAUGGUGACUCCAGAUCUCAACAAUCUUUAAGAUGGUUUAGCCUGUUUCUGUCCAUCCUCCUAAUACUGGACUUUACUCACGACUGUAUGUGUAUAUAUUAUGACACUUCUGACGCGUUGUAUAUAGAACUUAACCCUACAUUUCCACACGAGUCCUCCUUCAUGCACUCGCUAUGCACGUGUUCUCUCCAUCAAUUUCUUCGGCAUUCCUCGGAUAUUGAUGAAUGAUAGAUCUUCUGUGAUGUUGCUGUUCAGUCCGGCCGUCCUCUUGACGCACCUGGCUGGAGUUGGUUUGAUGUCCCGUUUUCUCCCUUGCAUUUUACGGAAAUUCGUUGCUUCUUCGCCCUUCUGUUCUUUGAAACACCCUCUCUCCCUCUCUAUACAUAUCCAUAAAAAGAACUUGUAAAGAUUUAUAUCCUACACUCCUCAUGUUGUGUAAACACUGUUUUGCAAAGAUCAGCUUGUUUAUCGGUGUGUGAGAUAGACCCCGUUUCUCCCUAUCGUUCUGGUUUAUUUCGACCCUGAGGUGACUAACACGCAUUUCGCAAUGUGAUUAUCUAUGUCGAUAAAACUAGUUUCUUAUGUCAGA